AUGUACCUGAACUGCUGUGUUGGUGGUCCUGCGCGCAUGGUGUUUGAAGGAAUGACAGCGAGGAAUGUGGUCUGCGAUAGCCAGGUUGGAUUCUGGAAUCCCCUGAUACAGAGGCCUAUGUAUCGGUUUGUGUUGAGGGCCUUCUUGUUCUGCCCCAUUGGCGCGGUGAUAAAAAAUGCAACGCAAGUCUUCUCUGUGUGGUUGGCAUAUAUGGAGCCAUGGAAGGUUACACAAGAGGAGCUGGAUGAGUAUGAUGUGUCCCUGAUGCAGGGGACGGGCACACAGGGGACGCAGAAAGGGGAGCUGCUAUAUACUCCGUCGUGGAAGAAUUAUGUGCUGUCCAAUUACCUAUUCUAUAGCUCGAUGGUGGUGCAUUUCCUGGGUUUUGCACACAAGUUUAUCCAUUCUGAUGUCUCCUCAGUGCUCGUGAUGAUUUUAAAGGUAUUGGAAGUCUUGUCUUCCUCAACAGAACUGGUGGAUCUUCUAUAUAAAGUGGAUAUUGCCUAUCAUUCUAGACCGGUUACUUCACCGUCAACUUCUUCAGAAUCAGAUGAUGUAAUGAAGUAUGUUCCGUCAAUCCGUGAGCAGCUAAAGGAUUGGGAGGAUGGUCUGACAGAAACUGAUGCAGAUGGAUCUUUCUUGCAUGAGCAUUGGAACUCUGAUCUAAGACUUUUCAAUAGUGGUGAGGACGGGGCUUAUCAUCUGCUUCAGCUCCUUCUGAUCCGAGCAGAGCUGGAGAUACAACGCCUGCCAGGUGACACAGUACAAGCUCUCCAGUCGUUGGAUUUGAUAAAAUCCCGGAUGAAAAAGAUCUUCCAGGGCCGCAUUGAAGGCAUCCACCACCAGAAUACUUCAGCGCAGGAGUUGCAGGAUCAACAUCCAGGGCGCGGCGAGAUAUUUACACCUAAGCAUCCCCAUUCGGGGAGGAGCAAGUUUGGCGAAGUCAGAUACAGAGGCGACUGGAUGAAGAGGCCCAUCUCGGAGACUGAAGUGGCCUGGCUCGCGAGGAUCCUUAUCCACAUAUCUGACCGACUGAACGACGCCCUUCGACUUGGCUGUGACGGUGCUGCUGAUGAUAGCGUUGCUAACCCGACGUACAUUAAGUUUGACAGGAACGAUCUGACGACAAUAGGGGGACCGAAGGACGCCGCUAGGAUGGCUCUCGUGGCUAUCUGUUCGCUGCUGGCGGUUGUGGGACAGGCGGUGCUGAGGUUCAUGAGGGCGCACAGGGUAAAGAUCAAUCUUAGAGUUUUUGCUUCGAAGAAGCUGCUGACUGGCCUCGUGUUGCUGUACGCGAUGGUGGCGGGGACAAAGAGAGCUUUUUAUUGA